CUGUUGCAGUUGUCUCUUUCACCAGCACAAACGUGAACGUGUCAACUCAACGCAUUUGUUUUCCUUUGCGUUUUCCUUAAUUUUGACCAUAUUUCAUACAAAAUGGUGGACGACAGCACUCGGAAAACUCUGAGCAACAUUCCCUUGCUGCAGACUCGCGCUGGGCCACGUGAAAAGGAUGUCUGGGUGCAGAGACUUAAGGAGGAGUACCAGGCGUUGAUUAAGUAUGUUGAGAAUAACAAACAGUCCGGCAGCGAUUGGUUCCGACUAGAAUCUAACAAGGAGGGCACCAAGUGGUUCGGAAAGUGCUGGUACAUGCACAACCUGUUAAAAUACGAAUUCGACGUGGAGUUCGACAUUCCAGUGACGUACCCAACAACUGCGCCGGAAAUCGCCCUUCCGGAGCUUGAUGGCAAGACAGCGAAGAUGUACCGUGGUGGCAAGAUUUGCCUGACGGAUCAUUUUAAACCCCUGUGGGCACGCAAUGUUCCUAAGUUUGGAAUUGCCCAUGCUAUGGCUCUAGGUCUUGCUCCUUGGCUGGCUGUGGAGAUUCCGGACCUCAUCGAGAAGGGUAUCAUCACAUACAAGGAAAAGUAACUAACCUAAUUAUAUGGAAUUACUGGCAACAAAAAAAUGAACAAAGUUUGAUAUGAAAGUUA